CAGCGGGCCAAAUUCGCCGCAGCGCGUUGUCUCCAAUUUGCGCGGCUUUCUCACCCACCGCCUCAGCAAUAUCACACCGAGCGAUACAGGUUGUUCUCUGGCAAUCCAACAACAACAACAACACGAAAUCAUGUAAAGGUCAGCAGAAAGUGCAACUAGAACAAAGAAGAGAGUUAAGCAUCAAAGCAGCUCAAAGCAGGCAGUACAGAACAAGCAGCACAGAGCAAGCAGCUCACAGAGCUGGCAAUUAACGGAAACGGAAGCGGCCAUAUUGCUGCUUAAUUUCCGGUUGCUCGAUUUCCGGCGGCGGACAUGAAAUUGCAGAGCGCCAAAAAGCAACAAUAAAACCGAAGUACAAAAGAAAAACAGAGCGAAAGAAAAAGAGAGAAGAAGUACGAAAAGGAAGAGCGAGUAAAAAUAAGAGAAGAGAAAAACAACAAGAAAAAUAAAGAAAAAAUAAAUCAGGAAUAAAGCAGAGCAAAGCAAAAUGGCCUCAUUUCAAAUACCGCUCAUCAACCUGGAGGUGGGCGAGGUGAAGGAGAUUGUCUGGGAGAAGAUCAGGGAGCCGGUGAAUCAGCGUCGGCUCAUUCUGGUCAUCGUAUCGAUUGCCCUGCUGCUGGAUAACAUGUUAUAUAUGGUGAUUGUGCCGAUUAUACCCGACUAUCUGCGCGAGAUUGGCAGUUUCGAUGAUGGGCCGACGCCGCCACCGCUGCGCGACAAUGUUACCGGCCGGAUAAUACCGGUGCAUCAUGAUCAUCAUGGCCAGGACUCGGCGACUGGCAUACUGUUUGCCUCUAAGGCGAUUGUCCAGCUAAUGGUGAAUCCGUUCUCGGGCGGUCUGAUCGACAAAAUUGGCUACGAUAUACCCAUGAUGAUUGGACUGACUAUCAUGUUCUUCUCCACGGCCGUCUUCGCCUGCGGCACCAGCUAUAGUGUUCUCUUCUUUGCGCGCUCCCUACAAGGCGCCGGCUCCGCCUUUGCGGACACUUCAGGUCUGGCCAUGAUUGCGGAUCGUUUUACGGAGGAGAACGAGCGCUCCCAGGCACUGGGCAUUGCGCUGGCCUUUAUCAGUUUCGGCUGCCUGGUGGCGCCACCUUUUGGUGGAGCGCUCUAUCAAUUUGCUGGCAAGGAGGUGCCGUUUCUUAUACUCGCCCUCGUCUGCCUGCUGGAUGGCCUGAUGCUGUUGCUGGUCAUGAAGCCGUUCAAGGAACAGAUCAAAAUGAGCAAGGAGGUCCAGAAUCAGGUCAUACCCAUCUGGCGCCUGCUCAUGGAUCCGUAUAUUGCCGUUUGCGCCGGCGCCCUGACCAUGUCCAAUGUGGCGCUCGCCUUCCUGGAGCCGACCAUCUCGCUGUGGAUGGAGGAUACGAUGACAACGGAAAACUGGAAAAUCGGCAUGGUCUGGCUGCCCGCCUUCUUUCCGCACGUGUUGGGCGUAAUAAUUACGGUGAAAAUGGCCCGAAAAUAUCCGCAACAUCAGUGGCUAAUGGCAGCCGGCGGCCUGGCCCUGGAGGGUCUGUCCUGCUUCGUGAUACCCUUCUGCAGUGGCUACAAGAUGUUGAUGCUGCCAAUCUGCGUGAUCUGUUUUGGCAUUGCGUUGAUAGACACCGCCCUGCUGCCCACGCUGGGCUACCUGGUGGAUGUCCGCUACGUGUCCGUCUACGGUAGUAUCUAUGCCAUUGCGGACAUCUCGUACUCGAUCGCGUAUGCCGUGGGCCCGAUCAUUGCCGGCGGCAUUGUGGAGGCAAUUGGGUUUACAGCGCUCAACUUUUUGAUCGCUUUCUCGAAUCUGGCCUAUGUGCCUGUGCUCCGUAAGCUGCGCAAUAUUUACGACUUUAAGCCGUUCGAGAACGAGGCAAACAUCUUGAUGCAGGAUCCGCCGAACAAGGAGUACCAGACCUAUGUCAUGCACGACCAGAAGCCCGUCGACGGCGAGCUCAAGAAUCAUCUCGAGUACGGCCAGCAAUACCAGCCGGAGCAGCAAGAGACUAGCCUAGACGAUCAGCAACAGCAGCAGUAUGAGUAUCAGGCGGCGGAUGGCUAUCAGCAGGAUCAGAGCUAUCAGCCGGGCUACCAGGAGCAGGGCGGCAGCUAUGCCCAGCCACGUGUCGCGAAUCCUUUCCAGCAGCCACCAAGCAGAGCUCCGGCACCAGCCAAUCCCUUCAGACAAGGAUUUUAAACUGUUGUCAAAAGUCUUUUGAUUCAUUUUAUUUUCAUUUGGAAAUCUUUGUUAUACUCAGACGUAUUCAGUUAGGAUAUUACCUAUAUAUAUAUAUAAAUAGCAAGUGGUACGUACACUAUAAAAUGCAUAUAUGGCAUGCAAACAGUUCGAGCAGCUGUUUUGUAUAAUACACGAUCGCCAAUUGAGUUAAAUGGGAAAACGCACUAUAUAGAAUAUAUAUAUAUAUAUAUAUAUCAAGCCCGAUGCCGAUGUCGGGCCCUAUAUAAUACAGAAGCUAGAGAAACCAAAGCAUAGUCAUAAUUAGAUCGAACUCAGGGGGCAGGAGCAUUGCCUGUUCUCAGCUCUGAUCCUUAACAGAUAUCACACAUAUAUAUAUCUUUAUAUAUAUACAAGCUAGUUCGUAAGCGGCUUAGCUGAUCCGGCUCCACUGUGCCGCAGAUCCGUCGUGGUUAACCAGGCAAUGGCAUUCAUAUCGCAGACAUAUCACAAGUUGCACAAAUCGAAUACCCAACCCAAGGUAUACCCUUUCGUUUGUCAUUGCGACGGAACUGUGCGCAGCAUACAGUGGCGUCCGAUUGGUAGUGCCAUAUUAUUUUACAAUUAAAUUUUACGUUAAUUGAUUUUUAACAUAAGACACAACCAAGGUAACGAUACAUAUCAGAGUCUCGAUGGCUCGCCUGUUAAAAUUACCAAAAGUGAUAUUAACUAUUGCUAUAUACAUGUAGAAUCAUAAUUAUAUAUCGUAUAUAUAUAUAUCGUAUCAUAUCGAUAUUUUAGGCCGUAAUAAGUAUAAUGAAAACAAUUUGAAAAUAUUAGAUGUUUCAUAUUUACCUACCAAUCAAUUAUUAUUUGCUUGUCGCCAGAUGGUUAACCCUCUCUAUGAAGGUAUAUACCCGUUGCCAUAGCAGCUCGACGAUAGCAUAGCAUAAAUGUGUGUACCUUGUGUCUAAAGUCAGAUGCAUUAUCUAAACGUAGUUAUACUAACAAUUGAUAUAUAUAUAUAAACAUAUAUAUAUUUCAAUUCACUUCGAUUAUCGCACUUUUUGAGAGCAGUUUAUUGCUCCUAUAUAUAUUAUACACCCAACUACUUUUAGCCUGGUCUAAAUAUAGAGCCUUAAGUAAACUGAAUUUUUGUAUACAUACCAAACCAUUUGCUAACUAUGCAGAUAAUUAUUAUUAUGUAGUAGUUAUCACAUAUAAAUAUAUGGUAUAUAUACAUACAGAUACAAAUUAAAAUAGGUUUUUAAUGUGUACUUAUUAUAUAGACAAAAAAAAAAAACACUUGAACAUUCGAUAUCCGUAAACAUAUCAGUGACACGGCCAUUUUCAAUUAAAUAGCAAGGUUAUCUAAGCACGAGUAUAUAUUUAUACAGUUAGAACAUUUAUAUGUUCUAUCAUAUACAACAUACACUGAAAAUUAUUUCAUUCUACAUUUUAAUAGAAAAUUUUCUUGCUUGGAAAAAUUGUUUAUUAAGCAAAAACAUAAAAUAUUUUAUUGCGAUUUUAAAAGUUGUGGAAAACAGUUCAUUUGAGUGUACAAUGGGUUAUCCUGAGGAAUUUUAAAAAAAUAAACGCCUAGCUUAUAUAGUCUGCCAUAUCGAACAUACACUCAAAAUUAUGUAUUUCCACAUUUUAGAAAGCAGCCAAGAAAAAAUUAAAUAUUUUCGUAUUUCUUGUAUUUUUUUUUUUUUAAUUACUUUUCUUGCAUGGAAAAAAUGAUAAUGAAGCCACAUUUUUCAUAAACAUAUUAUGGCUACUUUUUUUUCAGUUGUGGAAAACAAUUUUUUUGAGUGUACACACAUACAUAUACACAUAUCUGUGUAACUAGCAAAUGCACUGAUUUUCAAAGCAAUUAGUUAAGCAGAGUUUUGAAGUUUCGGCUAAGAUUUUGAAUAUGAAUAAAUAUUGUUUGAUUGCACGGCGUCAUUUGAUCAAUUACCUAAAACGUCUAUUAUUAUUUUGAUAAUAUAUAUACUUAUAUAUACAUAUAUAUGUAUACAUAUACAAAUUUAACAUAGCAUUUAAGAGUUCUACAUAAUAACGCGCUUUAGCAAUAUGUAUAACUACAUAAUGAAUAAAACUCAUGAAAAAAUCUCCCAUCAAAUGUAUCAAUUAAAAAAAAAAAACAACGUACAGACCGUGCGAACAGAAUCUAAAUGCAAAACUAUAUUAUACGUAUAUAGCAAAACAAAUUUAUAUACAUAAAGACAUAACAAAAAAAAUAGUUUAUAUAUAUGUAUGCCUAUGAUCCAUGUUCACAAGAAAAAAGUCACUCAAAGGAUCAUUUAAUCAUUUCAUUUAAAGCACAUUACAGCGAAAUCUAAAAGAUAUUGCUACGAUCUGUUUUGAAGUGAACUAAAAUAUAGUAAAUAUAUCAGUAUAAAAAAUUCAACACGCAUAUGUAUAUUUAAUGGACAUUUCUAAAAGCAAUAUACAAAAUAGUUACAAAUACUUUGAAAUUGUAAACAACAUCUAGGCAUAAAUCCGUAAAACAAUAUGUUACGCAAUUCUUCUGUAAAUGGUCUUGUAUUUCAAUCCUAACAUGUUCUUCGAAUUUUAGUUAUUCAAAAAAAUAUAACAAUUGAACAGGAUUUAUACAAGUUGCCAUAUGAAGAAGAAGAAUCUUCCAGAAUUGAAUUAUAAAUAAAACGAUUAUAAUAUGAAUUUUAAAAUUAAAUUAACGGUUAGUACCUAACUGGAGAGUCCGCGAGAACUGCACAACACUAUCGAGUGCUCCGUUACUACAGAUAUACAGUAAAUUAGCAUUCCGAAACAGUGUUGUAAGGUUUUCAAAGAUCUUCAUUUAAAGCUUACAGAACACGCAACAGUGCCGGCAAUGUGUAAUAUUUAACGAAAUUUUCUAAAAACAA